UUCACGUUUCAGGCUGGCGCCGUCGCACUCGGUUGUAUUUUAUUGUAGGAUUUUUUUUUUUUUUUUAGUUGGGGCUGAGGUUUUGGAUAUAGUCGCAGUCGUUUUUUGGUUCGAAAACUGUUUUAGAUCUGCAUUAUUUUCGGGUGUCUUUUAUGAAUAAUCAAAAGCAGCAAAAGCCAACGCUAACCGGCCAGCGUUUUAAAACUAGGAAAAGAGAUGAAAAGGAGAGAUUUGACCCUACUCAGUUUCAGGAAAGCAUCGUUCUAGGUCUGACUCAAACUGGCUCUGAUCUGGACGCAGUUGCGAAGUUCCUUGAUGCCUCUGGCGCCAAGCUUGACUACCGUCGCUAUGCAGAGACGCUGUUUGACAUCCUGGUGGCCGGCGGAAUGCUGGCCCCCGGUGGAACUCUGUCUGAUGACUUGACCCGCACAGAGUUCUGUGUCUUUACAGCACAAGAAGACCUGGAGACCAUGCAAGCGUAUGCUCAGGUUUUUAACAAGUUAAUCAGGCGUUACAAGUACCUGGAGAAAGGGCUGGAGGAUGAGAUCAAGAAGCUGCUGCUGUUCCUGAAGGGAUUCUCUGAGUCGGAGCGGAACAAGCUGGCCAUGCUGACGGGGAUCCUGCUGGCCAACGGGAACAUAUCCGCCUCCAUCCUCAGCAGCCUCUUCAACGAGAACCUCGUCAAAGAAGGUGUCUCUGCGGCUUUUGCUGUGAAGCUGUUCAAAUCCUGGAUACACGAGAGAGACAUCAACUCUGUGGCCAGCAAUCUCCGAAAAGUGGGCAUGGACAACAGGCUGAUGGAGCUGUUUCCGGCGAACAAGCGGAGCUGCGAGCACUUCUCCCGCUACUUCACCGACGCGGGGCUCAAGGAGCUCUCGGACUUCGCCCGCAACCAGCAGUCCAUCGGCGCCCGCAAGGAGCUGCAGAAGGAGCUCCAGGAGCAGAUGUCCCGCGGGGACCCUUUCAAAGACAUCAUCGUCUACGUCAAGGAGGAGAUGAAGAAGACCGGCAUCUCCGAGCAGACCAUGAUCGGCAUCGUCUGGAGCAGCGUCAUGAGCUCCGUGGAGUGGAAUAAGAAGGAGGAGCUGGUCACGGAACAAGCCAUCAAGCUCUUGAAGCAAUACAGCCCCCUCCUGAAAGCCUUCACCUCCCAGGGGCUGUCCGAUAUCACCCUGCUGCUCAAGAUCCAGGAGUACUGCUACGACAACAUUCACUUCAUGAACUCCUUUCAGAAGAUCGUGGUGCUGCUCUACAAAGCGGACGUUUUGAGCGAAGAGGCCAUCUUGAAGUGGUACACGGACGCUCAUGUGGCGAAGGGAAAGAGCGUUUUCCUCGAGCAGAUGAAGAAGUUUGUGGAGUGGCUGAAGAACGCUGAGGAAGAAUCUGAGUCGGAGCAGGAGGAUGAAGACUAAGGCCUGCAUUUUAAACGCAGUAGCAGUCGUAGGAGCCGUAGAAUGUUUUGUUACAAAGUGCUCGUCUUCAAUUUUUUUUUCUUUCUUUCUUUUUCUAUUCUACCUCCUGUAUUCUCAACCAUAACCCAUAAUGUUUAGAUGUGAUUUAAAGGGCUUUAACAACAUUAAUUUUAACUCCUUUUUCUAAACGAAUCAUGUUUACACUUAAAGAGCACCAAUCCUCAAACUAGCGUCCCCAACGCGACUUUGCAAAUGGCACUAAUUGAUGAGGUGCCAUAUUUGGACAUCUCUAAAUUGACCUUUGGCCCUUUUUUCCCCCAAAUUAUCAUUUUUUAUUCUUUCCCAGUGGUCCUUUUUGUCAGUCCCCCUUAUUUUGGAAUGAAAAGCAUUUGGUUUAAUUAGGCACCUUCAGUCACUGCAUUUUAAAACAAGUUGAAUUAGACUUGAGUACGCCUUCUCUCAGCUAAGUAUAAGGACCCUGGCCUGUUUUCUUUUCCUUUUCUCAACUACUAUUUCCUGUUUUGCCAAAGCAGUAAGCCCUGUAUUUUGAAUGUUGGUUCUAUCCAGCUAUAGUUUAUUCUUUUCACUUUGGAUAAAAAAAAUGUAAAAAUAAUGUAAUGUAAAUGCGUGGUGCUGGUGACGUGCCACUUAAGAACUGAAAUUGCCCUGGACCUCGUAUGUAAGAUGCAGUGCCAGCUCAUUAAUAUUGGUUACUCUUUUCUUUACCCUGAUAUCAAUUGAAUUUUUAAAAAAAUAAAGAGAAUUGAAGGUA